GAUGUAAAGGAUCAAAUCUCACAGCUCUGCCAUGGGCCUUCGCAGCACACCCCAUACAGGGAGGUGACUAAAAUACUUGCUCCCCUCAGAGAAGGAGUUGUCUGAAGAACAAGGAGGCCCCUGCCCACUGCUGCCCAAGACGAUUCCCAUCUAUCAUGACAGCCAUCCGACUACGAGAAUUUGUAGAGCGUCGCCCAACGGUUCCACCUAGUAUAUUUAUCUGUCACCAAGGAAGGGACAUCAGAGGCUACUACCCUGGGCAACUGGCAAGAGUCCAUUUUGACUACAGCGUGAAGAGGGCUCCAAGAACCCUUAUAGACCUGGCAAUUCCACCCAAGAGCAAAACUCCGUACCAGCCUCAAUUAGACCAGCAGACACUCAUUCGAUACAUUUGUUUUGGAAAAUUGUCAAGGCCUACAGGCACGUGGUAUAAUGAAACAACUUACCAAAGAGACUACUCCCUGCCAUUUUAUGAGAUUGGUUUGGAUCAGAAAAUAGGCAUACUUUCAUCAAAUCCUAGACCUCUUAAUUCACUACCAGAAGUCUACUGCUGUGACGAGAGAAGUGGCUUUGCAAGAAACACCUUUUAAAACUCACUUAAAGUGUGGUAUUCCAAGAAAACUACUUUGGGCAUUUUUUUUUUCGUGAGUAAAUUAAUGGUAACAGCACUACUUGUAAGAGUGUAUGCAGAUGGAUCUAAUCCUAAACAAAUAUUAUGCUGCAAAUUCUCUUCAGAGAAAAUUGGUCAGGAAAUCAAGCUCCAACCCUAAGAACAUCUGUCAUCUGCUGAAGAAGCUAGCU